CGCGACUUCUAACUGUUCUCGAGGGACAAUUUGUCACGCCAGCGACAAGACGACCAAACAAAAUAGCACUCCCCCGAAUGUCGUCGCAACCUCGUGCCUACUUCACCUCAUCCGCGAUUUCCUUAUAUUGUCAUUCAUAACAUGUAGUUCGAAGUUUAAAGUUGUCUUCAGACUUUGAUCAUUUCAAAAGCCACAAAUUGAAGAUGACGUAUGUUGUGGUUGUGAUUGGUGUAUUUUGUGGGUUUAUACCGGUUUAUGGAUUGUCAGAUGGAAGAAUUGUUCAGGGCACCAACAACAAUUUAGGUGAAGCUCUACAAUUUUUACGAGAAUAUGAUCUGGAAGCUUCGAAUAUGUGCUUUAGAGUAACUUUAGCCCAAUGGAAUUACGCCACAAAUAUGACUGAUAUUAAUAAGCGAAAAAUGGUAGAUGAACAAACGUUAAGGGCAAAAUUUGAUAAAGUUUCUUGGAAAAGAGCAGUUGCGUUUGAUUGGCCCCAUCUUCCAGAUCCCAUGGCUCGAAGACAAAUAAAAUUUUUAGUUACGAAAGGAAGAGCAAGUUUAUCCGAUGAAAAAUACAACGAAAUUUAUCAUUUGAUUUCCGAAAUGAAAGAUAUUUACAAUCACGUUAGGGUUUGCCCUUAUAACAAUUACGAUUCGACUUUUUGCGAUUUAACUCUCGAACCAGAUGUGAAGAGAUUGAUGGCGCAUUCAAGAAAUCCCGUUGAGUUGUUGCAUAUUUGGAAAGAGUGGCACGAUCGAUCCGGACCGCAAAUGAAAAAUAAGUUCAUGAGAUACGUCCAAUUGGCGAAUCAAGCUGCUAGAAUGGACGGAUUUUUAGAUGCAGGAGAACACAUGAGGUUUAUUUAUGAAGAUGAUGACUUUGAAUAUGAAAUAAUGGAUACAUGGAAUAAAAUCCAACCGUUGUAUAAAGAAUUAUUUACUUAUGUACGAAGAAAAUUAUAUGUUAGGUAUGGUGGUCAAGCUAUUAGAGAAGAUGGACCGAUUCCUGCCCAUCUUUUAGGAAAUAUUUGGGGACAAGAGUGGAGUAAUAUUCAGGAUAUCGUAUUACCUUAUUCACAGGAGAAAGUUUUGGAUGUUACAGAUGAAAUGUUGCGACAAGGUUUCACACCUUUAAGAAUGUUUCAAAUGGCAGAAGAAUUUUAUACUUCUCUUGGGCUUCGUCCUGUUUCAAAUGAAUUUUGGGCGAAAUCUAUGAAGGAAAGACCUAAUAAUAGAAAAGUCCAAUGUACAGCAAGUGCUUGGGAUUUUUGUAAUCGAAUCGAUUUCAGAAUAAAGCAAUGUACUGAAGUAAACAUGGAAGAUUUAAUAAAGAUUCAUCACGAAAUGGCACAUAUACAAUAUUACAUGGAAUAUUCUGAACAACCUUUCGUUUAUAGAGAAGGAGCAAACCCAGGAUUUCACGAAGGAAUUGCUAACGCUAUGCAAUUAUCGGUUUCUAAUCCAUCUCAUUUACACAGGGUUGGUCUUUUUAAUAAUAACACAGACACUUAUGAAUUAAACAUGAAUUUUUUGAUGUUGAUGGCUUUAAAAAAAGUUGCUUUCGCACCUUAUGCACUCCUGGUCGAUCAGUGGAGAUAUAGCAUAUUUAAAAAUGGUGUAAAAUCAAUGAAUACAAAUUGGUGGGAACUUCGUUUACUUUACCAAGGUAUAAUCCCACCAAUACCAAGAACCGAAACUCAUUUAGAUCCAAUCAGUAAGCGCCACAUCGUUGCUGAUGUUCCAUACAUCCAAUAUUACGUCGCUUUAUUGUUGGAAUUUCAAAUUCAUGAUGCUCUAUGCUCGGCUACUGGUCAUACCGGACAAUUACACACUUGCGAUAUCUAUAGAUCAAGAGAAGCUGGGAGAAUUUUGAGUCAAGCUUUGCGAGUUGGUAAAGCUCGACAUUGGAAAGAUAUUAUUAGAAUGUUGACGCGAGGACAAACGGACCAAUUAUCGCCGGAUGCGAUGUUGAAAUAUUUUCAACCGCUUCUGUUGUGGUUGAAAGUACAAAAUCGAGAUGAAACUGUGAUUGGUUGGAAUGCAAAAAUCGAAGAUACGGCGUUGUUUCAGCCUUUAUUUUCAACUGCAAAUGGAUGUAAAGAUGGAAAUAAAUUGAAAUUUGGAUAUUCGUUACUAAUAAUGUUGAUUGUUUGUAUAGGUUUUGUUAUAUAGAUAUAUUAUUUAACAUAG